AUGUCUCGUCUUCUCAGAGCUUUGAGGGCACUUGGCGUUGAUGAGGAAAACAUUUCAGAUGCGUACGAUGAUGAUUUUUUGACAGAUCUCCAGACCGAGGCUCAGCAACCGGCUAUACGAAGAGAUUCAAUUUAUUUGAGAAGCGAGCGACAAAUUUCUGACGGAUAUAAUGUGGAAGCUCCGCUUCUAAUUGGUGAUUUGGCUGGUCAUCAGAAGCUGGAUUUCUUCAAGAAGACUGUCAGCAUGCUUCCGCUGGAGCUCAAGAUCAAGAUUUUGAGAUUGUGCUUCAGCAAGUUUUAUGAGACGGACAUGCUUGGCUUUCUCCAGGAUAGUAGUCUUCUGUCUGUGCUUAAAGUAUUUUACGAUGAGCUCUUGAUCUGUGAUGGCAAGCUAUACUUCGGUGGCUUUAACGAGUAUGAUGUGAUAGAGUUCAGCAGCGCCGAGUUUCAGGAUCGAUUCAAACCUCUCAUCAAGGAUAGUCAGAUCAGAAUCAAGAUCCUAAAGAUAUUCGACACAAACGGAAUGGGGAACGAAGACCUCCUUUUACUCUUAAACCAUGCGGAAACCAUCUGGUGUGCGAGCGCAUCGUCACUUUCCAUGAUCUAUUCCCUUUGUCCAGAUGCCUUGUCGAAAAUUACGGAUCUUUCGGUUGAGAAUCUGGACUUCCCGAUACCGCGAGCAGACUUGGUGAAGAUCUUCGGUAAACUCUGCCAUUCUUUGAAGGAUUUCACAUUGCCGCUUAGUCCCGAUGACUCGGAAAAAGUGACUGUUAUGCUUGAUUCUUUGAAUGCUGUCGACCACCAGCUUACAGUUCAUUUGCCAAUCUCGUAUCCACUAGAUGGAGGAAGAGGGCUUGAUCGCAUAACGGAGCUCUUGGGCCCGUACUCGUGCAAAAUCAAGCUUUCGCACAUCCUUUUCACUUUGGUCUGUCCCAAUUUCCACUUCAACGACCUUCACAACUUUUUGAAGAAGAUCGGGUUCAAAAAGUUCACAGACUUUUGCUUGGUUUCAUUUCCGAACUUCCGUGUCCAGGGUGAUCUUAAGUUUGUGUCGGAGCUUUCUAAUUUGGUCACUAUUGUUCUUUCAGGUGGAUUUACACUGAACUCUAGAAAGUUUGGGGAUUUGAAGGGGCUGAAGAAGUUGAAGGAGCUCAUGCUAGAAAACUGCAAGUUGGAUAGCGAAUGGUUUAACAAGUCUCUUCCAGAGAAUCUCAAGGACAUCACUAUCAGUUACAACUCGUUUAGCGGAUACGGGACAUACACUAUUCCGCGAAACUUGAAGAUUCUCACCAUUUUGGCGAAUGACUACUUCAAUAUGAAACUGGACAACGUUGAUUUUAGCCAGUCGAACCUUUCUGUGCUCAAAUUCCGGGUAGAUGAUCAAAGUCAGUGGAACUCGUUGACUGUUUCGUUUGCAAACAUGCCUAGGACUUUGCAGGAGGUGAAUUGCCACAAGCUCACAAGUUUUAUUGUGGAGAAGGAUAUUAAUUUGAGCAGGAAGAAGGAUCUUCUAAUAUCAAUAACGACUGCAGAGAGAGAGCGGCUUUUGGAAAGACUUGAUCCUUCCAAUGUGAGGUCAAACGUAGAUGUUAGGUUUGGAUACUUUGAGAAUGAAGAGUUCCACGUAUUGGGUGAGGCCAAUAAGAUGAGAAGCAUCGGCGGAUUUCCGAACAGACUUCUAAAGUACUGA